AUGAACAUUACAAGAUACCCCAAUAUAUGGAAUAAUAAUAAUUAUCACGGAGAGCGUGAAAGGGAUAUAAGGAAUAAAGGUAAAAAUCAUGACAAACGUGAAAGCAACCACACUAGUAUAAGGAACAAAGGUAAAGAUCGUGACGAGCGCGAAAACGAUAUCCGGCCUUCUGCCCAAGAGGAAAUCAAUUAUGUUGACGAAUACACUAGUGCAAAUAAUAAAAAUUAUUAUAUAAAAGAACAUGAAAACAACGUCUCGACAACCGAAAAUUACAUAAUUAAUGCCGGCAAUAAAAACCUAAGCUCAUCGACCGAGGCUUACCAACGUAGAAGUUCUUCGGUCACAGAUAAUGCCACUUAUAAAUCAAGGUCUUCUACAAAUAAAAGUCCAUGGAAUCUUAAUAGACCUUCACGUAAAGAUGGAUCUAAAAAGAAAAAAUUGGAUGGAAAGGGAACAAAUGUAGAGACGGAAAAUAUUAGAUUGAAAUUAGAAAACGAUCGGUUAGUUAGUGAAUUGGAACAAGAUCGCGGGGAAUUUGAAGAAUAUCAAAAAAUAAUGAAUGAUAGAUGUGAUGAAUAUGAGAAGGAGAUCAACGCUUUAAAAACGGAAAUGAAACAAAAAAAUCGGGGGGCUGACAACUUUCAACACUUGAACAAGAAUUUGAUAGUGAAUAAUAGUGAAAAUGAAAAAAUUCGUAGCACAUACGAUCCAUAUGCGGUGACAAAAAUAGAAAGGGUGCAGAAAAACCGGGAAAUCGAUGACCUUCAACAAAUGAACAAGAAUUUGAAAGCGAGCAACAGUGAGAAGGACGAAAUAAUUCGCCAAUACGAGGAGACAAUCAAAUAUUUAAAGGAGCAAAAAAAUCGGGAAAUCGACAACUUUCAAUACCUGAAUACGAAUUUGGAAGCAAGCAACAGUAAAAUGGACGAAAAAAUUCGUCAAUAUGAGGAGAUUAUCAGCGCUUUAAAAACAGAAAAAGAGCAAAAAAACUGGGAAAUCAAUAACUUCCAAUACUUAAACAGAAAUUUGGAAGCGAGUAAUGGUAAAAAGGACGAAAAGAUUCGUCAAUAUGAGGAAAUUAUCGACGCUUUAAAAACAGAAAAGGACGGAAAAAAUCGGGAAAUCAACAACUUUCAACACUUGAACAAAAAUUUAGAAGCGAGUAACAGUAAAAAGGACGAAAGGAUUCGUCAAUGUGAGGAAAUUAUCGACGCUUUAAAAACAGAAAAAGAAGAAAAAAACCUGGAAAUCAACAAUCUUAAACAUUUUAUCAAGAAUUUGGAAGAGAAUAACAGUGAGCAAUGUGGAAAAAAAAUACAUAAUCCUGAAAAUAGACAACAAGUUUACGAUUCGCAAGGGGUAAUUAAGAAUUUGCAAGGGAUAAUAAAUGAAAAAGAAGUGGAGAUUCGUAGUCUUAAAAAACAAAAUAUCAAAUUAAAGGAAGAAGCCUCUCAUUAUCAAUCUGCAUUGGGUGAAGCAACGAGUUUUCAAAUGGGCGAUGAUGACCAGAACAACACGGUUCAACUUAAGAACGACAUAGAAAAGUUACAAGACAUGAUUGAAGAUUAUGUAACAAAUUUAAAAGUUGGUGUGAAUGUUGAUCUGGAGAGAGUGAAACAACUUUUGCAAGACCAUAACUGCAGAGUUGAUUCACAUAGACCGGAUAGGCUUCUACUCAAAGCUCUAUUACAACGUCAUGCAACUGAAUUAACCAACCUUUUAGAAAAUUUUUCGGUGAAACGACUUGGAAAUGAUCAAGUGACUGGUGCAUCGUCAAUAAAGAUACGCCAAUUGGUUUUCGCCAUUCUUGGGAAUCGCGGAUUCUCCAAAAUGGAAAACCAGGAAAGUGAAUUCGUGGAACAUGAAUUUAUCGUGUCAACUUCAAAUGAACUCAAUCGAUCAAUGAACCAAUAUCGCAUGUUCAAGGAUGCUGAAAAGAAAAAAAAUGCAGAAGAAUUAUCACGCGAGCUUGUACGUGAUCUUGUAAGACUAUUCUAUUUUCGAUUCGAAGUUCAGGAACCUAGGACACAAUUUAGCUGGUUUUCGCAAAAUUCAAACAUAGUAAAGAGAUAUAUGAAGGGUCAAUGGGAUGAUGAUGUGAGAAACCUUGUAGUGGAGAUCUGUCACUUCCCCUUAAUUGGAAAAGACUUUGAUUCGGGAAAUCCAAAAAUAUACACGCUGGCAAAAGUAUAUCCACGAGAAUUAUAG